GGAGCGGGGGUGCGCUGCUUCGUGGGGGCUGCGUGGAAAUGGAGCUGCUUUAGCGCAGGAGUCGGUGUGUGCAAGGCGCCUUCCGUGGUGUGCUGGCUGAAGGCGCUUGCCCAGGCCGUCCCAAUAAAAACCUGAAGUAAACCAGCCUUCAGCGCUUCCUAAAUAACUUCCCCCCCCCCGAGCGAGGAAAACGGUUGGAGUUCCUGAAGAGGCUGGAGGAGCUUUUGCGGCCCUGCGGGGCGGUUCCCAGCGCUGUCCCGCGGCGGCCGCCGGGGUGCGGGCACAGCUGCUACAGCUCCAUCCCCGCUGGAGUCCCUUGAGCCUUUGUUCACCUGCGUGAAGGUCGGGCUGGGAAAUGCAGUUGGAAAACUUGCAGCCUGAGAUUAAAAAACUAGCCGAGCAUCUUCGCUAUGAAGUUUCUGUUCGUGGAAAGCAACUGGGUUGGUCUGAAAAGGUGGCCAGGUUUCACUUUAAGAAAAACCUGAGGAGGGUUAUUACAGAGCUGUACAUUCGAGACAACUGCCAUCCCUUCAAAGCCACGUUGCUGGUGUGGGUACAGAUCCCGAUGUGGGUUUGCGUGUCCCUCGCUUUGCGCAACUGCAGUGUUGGUGCCAUGAGCUCAGAAGUUCAGGGACAGUUUUCAGCAGGAGGAGCAUUGUGGUUUACAGACCUCACGGCACCAGAUUCUACGUGGAUUUUGCCAGUUUUGCUUGGGCUUGUGAAUUUGCUGAUAGUGGAGAUCUUUGCUUCGCAAAAAAUGGACGUUUCCAGGUUCCAGAAGCUUGCUACGAAUUUCUUUCGUGUGGUGUCAGUAGUAAUGAUCCCUGUGGCUGCAACGGUCCCCUCUUCUAUGUCGUUGUACUGGCUGUCCUCAAGCUUCGUGGGACUCUCGCACAACCUGUUGCUGCGUUCUCCAACCUUUCGUCGGCUGUGUUGCAUACCAAGGACCAAAUCUGACUCUGAUACUCCUUACAGGGAUAUAGUGUCUGCCUUGACUACCAAAUACAGCUUUAAGAAAUGAUGUCAUUUGAGCUGUCAGAAGAGCUGUCCCACAAAUCUUGCAUGGGUAAUUAAGUAGUGCUGUUUUAUUGAGCUGUGCUUACUUACUGUAAAAUGUUGCAGCUGGAAUUAUAUUUAUUUUCCAAAUAAAGCAUUGACUGUCUGGCUGUGAAGAA